AGCAGGAACGGGAUUUACCAUCAAACCCUCCAACCUGUCGACCUGUACAUGUCAACGCGGAUUGUGACGAGAGUCAGAUUAAAAAGAUUUGCGUCGUGUUUUCGUUGUCGUGUGGACACCAUGAGGACGAGCUCUCUGAUAGUCGCAGUAUUUCUGUGUUGCUGCUCGGUCAGAGGGGCUCCAGUACAAAAUCCUCCGGGGCUGACUGGAGAACAAAGUACAACAGAUCAGCAAAAUGGAAAUGACAAUCCAUCCGAAAUGUUACCACCAGGUGCACAACACGUAUCUGUUGCUGAGGAAGCCAGACACGUGACUGACAAAGCAGGACAGAAUCAAGAACCAGUGAGAACUGAUGAAACUAAUGAUGAACAGCUCAAGACCAAGGGGACUCAGGUGGGAGUGGAUGAAACAUUACAAGGAGGCAAAGCAAACAAAGAAUUGAAAGACAGUAAGCCCAAACAAGAUAAGACACAUAUGCAGGAAGAGAAGCAUACAGUUGAUAACAGCAACAGAGUGAAUCAGCAAGGUCAGGAGGAUGAGGCUGACAUACAUCAGAAAACCAGUGAUCAGACGCCCGCAAACAUACUGACAACUGACACAGCAGAGCCAGAUGCAGGAGCGCAGACUCCAGAUAACAAUGGAGGGAAACCUGCAGUGUCAGGAGAGGAAGACAAGGAGGAAAAGAAGGCCAAUGAGGACAAGUCAGCUGGAAUAAAUGGCAAUGAGGAAACGCCAAAAGUAAAGAACGGCAAUGAGGAAAUGGCACAAGGAAAGGAAGCCAAUGGGGAAAAGUCAGAAGGAAAGGAAGCCCAUGAGGAAAAGUCAGAAGGAAAGGAAGCCCAUGAGGAAAAGUCAGAAGGAAAUAAUGCCAAUCAGGAAAAGUCAGAAGGAAAGGAAGCCAAUGGGGAAAAGUCAGAAGGAAAUAAUGCCAAUCAGGAAAAGUCAGAAGGAAAGGAAGCCAAUGGGGAAAAGUCAGAAGGAAGGGAAGCCAAUGGGGAAAAGUCAGAAGGAAGGGAAGCCAAUGGGGAAAAGUCAGGAGGAAAGGAAGCCGAUGGGGAGAAGUCAGAAGGAAGGGAAGCCAAUGGGGAAAAGUCAGAAGGAAGGGGAGCCAAAGGGGAAAAGUCAGAAGGAAAGGAAGGCAAAGGGGAAAAGUCAGAAGGAAAGGAAGCCAAUGGGGAAAAGUCAGAAGGAAAGGAAGCCAAUGGGGAAAAGUCAGAAGGAAAGGAUGCCCAUGAGGAAAAGUCAGGAGGAAAGGAUGCCCAUGAGGAAAAGUCAGAAGGAAAGGAUGCCCAUGAGGAAAAGUCAGGAGGAAAGGAUGCCCAUGAGGAAAAAUCAGGAGGAAAGGAUGCCCAUGAGGAAAAGUCAGGAGGAAAGGAUGCCCAUGAGGAAGAAAAAGAACUGGAGGAGGCCAAUUUGGAUGAGGCAGAAAGCAGUCAUUUCUUUGCCUACCUUGUCUCUACAGCGGUGCUGGUGGCGGUGCUCUACAUCACUUACCACAAUAAGCGCAAGAUAAUUGCCUUUGUUUUGGAAGGAAAGAAAUCCAGAUCCACACGCCGACCUAAAUCCACAGACUACCGGAAGCUGGAACAGCAAAUGUGAUCUUGAAGCCAUUGCCUCGAGCAGUUGAAUACACUGGGGGUUGUGUGAGAAGUGGGCGAAAGGAUACUGGCGUUACAUGUUUUUCUGUGUACUCUGCAUUGAUUUCACCUUGUGUUAAAUGGACAUUCGUCUUCGAUUUACCUUGAGAUGCUUAUUGUGUGACUAUGCAGAUGACACUGUUGCCUUAUUUAGGGAAUUAGUGAAAUGCAGCGAAGGUAAAAUAAGCAUGCUGUUUUUGCACUUGUGUCAUUAUUCCACUUUUAAAUCAAUCUUGUACUUUGACCUGACUAAGGUCCUGACUCAGGAUAUUUCAGUAGCAGAUUAAAAUAUUAGCUGUUUGGAUUCCAGACUUGCUUGCAGUGCAUUAGUGAUUGCACUGUGUACCUAAAAAAAAAAAAAAGCCAUCUGAAUCUUUGUGUACAAUUUCUUUGAGGUUUUAAAUGUCUAAUAGAUCAAACGUAUUAAAAGAUCAUUUAUAUGCACAAAGUUAUCCCAGUGGGAUUUCUUCUUGUGUUCAUAACCACGCGGCGCUGGUCAGAUGAAUGUAAUGGCAACCUUUAUGAUCCAAAUGAGAUGUUAGCACAGUGCUCACACACUAAACUUGUUAAAGACUGAGACUUCAACAGGCUCAACAGAUGAAGUUUCUUCUUAAAGCAAUAGUUUGAUAUUUGGGAAAAUGAUUAUUUGCUUUCUUGCUGAGAGUUAGAUGAGAAGCUUAAGAUCACCUUCAUUUAUUCCUGGUGAAUGUAACAUUAAGCUGCUGGUUAGCCUAGCCUAGCAUAAGGACCACAAACAGAGAAAUGGCUAGCCUGGCUCUCUGGUCAGCACCUUUAUAUCUCUUGUCAAUUCAAGUGUAAAAAUGAUAUGUUGCUUUUUGGCACAAUAUUAUGAGUUGGAACAUUUUAUGCUAUGCUAAGCUAACCGGCUGAUGACUGUAGCUUCAUAUUUUGCGUACAAGCAUGAGAGGCGUCAAUCAUCUCAUCUAACUCUCGCCAAACAAAAGGAGCAAGCAAAUUUCCCAAAUGUUGAACCCGAAAUACAACUGAAUAACUGAGUAGCUGCCGUCAGGGAGUUGGGUUCACGUUGAAAAAGCCUCUUUAUUGAUCCAGAUUGAAUGUCAAUGACAAACAAUUUGUGUGGUGUGACUGGUUUGGUUAUUUGGAUGCUGUCAGUCUGGUUACUGUGUGGCUGUCCAGCACCUCUGUGGCCAGUGACAGUGACCCUCUUGCAGUUAAACGUUUCUAACUUGUGCCACUUUGCAUUGAAACUCUGGUCUGAAAUGUUGAUUGUUGUGUAAGAGGAAACUGGUCAACAGCUGCAUUGUCUUGACUGUUGGGACUGCACUAUUGGAAAACUGACCACUGCUGCACUACAUUAGAUAAAAUCUUUCCUCUACAGUUGGUGUGUGUGUUUAUGUUCAGACAUGACAAACUUGUGCCAAAUUGUGAACGAUAUUACUGUGAUGCAAUGUGUGAUUCUUGUGUUGUGCCUGUGUCUUGAAUUAACAGUAUAUUUCUAAUGGGCGGUGGUCAUAAUAUAUGGAAAGCACUUUCUGUAAAAAGAAAUAUAAUCCUAAUUUUCUUGGCAGAAUCAAAAUCCAUAUUAUGUUUUAAAAAACACAUUUAUAAGCAAAUUAGUUUACACCACAUUGCUCCUUCCAUGAGUGAUAUCAGCACCAGAAGUAGUCAGAAAACAUCAUUCAUACAGUGGAAUUAGCAUUUAAUGAGCAUGUUUUCAAGCUAUUUAGAGACCAUAUUGCUAAAUAACUGUUAGAUAUUUAUUUCACUUUUUGGCUGUUGAGAAAAAAAAAAAACAUCCUGCUGCCCAUGAAAUGUAUGAUUGCAUAAAAGUGUGUGUAGUGAAACAAGAGGAGUAUUGCUUAUAAAAUAAAAGCUUUUUGUACUUUCUA